AUGGCGAUGCAAUACUUUAAUCAGAUCAAAAACCGGCGACGGUCGUCGCAUAUCGUGAACCCUCCGAAACCCGUCCUAACUCCGGAGGACGAAGCCUUCCUACAACAGCUCACGUCCGAUCCAGAGCACAGGCCAGAUUUAUCUGCCCAGAACGAUGCCCAGACCUUGGAAGGUCUAGCAGAGAGCUCUCAGAAGCCUAUUGUCGAUGAGGGUGCUCUAGAUGUCCCACUGCCUUCCUCGCCGGUGGAGGAGUUCGGGAAGGAGCUUGGCGAGGAAGAAAGAAAGGCACGAGAGCAGCCUGAAGAUGCUAGAACCAAGUCCGAACCGGCUAAACCGCAAGAUGCCUUCGUACCGGAAAAGAAGAAACGAUGGAGCACGAUGUUCUGGAAGAAGCCUGCGGAUACAAAGAAGAACAAGGAGUCGGAAUCCACAGACAAAUCGAAAACCGAUACGAACGCUCCCCCCUCCACCACAACAGCUGCAACAGACAAUGGAGACGAAGCGCGAAAGGACCAGGAAGAUAUGUCUGAUAUCCUGGAACGCUUGAACCUAGCUGCGGAUAACAACCGGGUCUUCUCAGUCAGCGAGGAAACUCAGGAGCUGCUCCGCAAGUUCAAGCUGAUCUUCAAAGAUCUGAUAAACGGCGUUCCAACAGCCUACCAUGACCUGGAAAUGUUGUUGACGAACGGCAACCGGCAACUACAAGAUACAUACACGAAGCUACCCGGUUUCAUGCAGAAACUCAUUGAGAAACUUCCAGAAAAAUGGACCGAGUCACUGGCUCCGGAGAUGCUCGCUGUCGCCAGUGAACGGGCCGGUCGGAGUGGAAUUAAUAUGGAGAAUGUGGGCAAAGCAGCUGCAGUCGCUGAAAAGGCGGGCCUCAAUGUUCCAAGCCUCAAGGAACUUGUUUCCAAGCCCGCCGCGAUCGUUGGCAUGCUACGGUCCAUCAUGCAAUUCCUGCGGGCUCGUUUCCCAGCUGUGCUGGGCAUGAAUGUCCUCUGGUCGCUGGCACUAUUCAUUCUGCUUUUCGUCCUUUGGUACUGCCACAAACGUGGCCGUGAAGUUCGUCUCGAGAACGAGCGCCUGGUUACCGAGGAAGAAAUUAAGAAGUUGAAUAAGGAGAACCCCGAUGGCCAGAUCCGGCCGACUGAGACGUUGACAACCACCGCACCCCAGGGUGCUUCGGCUGAGGAAGUCCGUGAGGGUGUGAGGAGAGUGGAAGAGGCCAGAGCUUCGGCGGCCGACGUUGCGGCAGCCUCAGAACCCGAGCUGGAGACUCAGAGGGUAACCGAUGAAGCCCCUCGCCCAGCUGCGGUUCCGACACGGUCAAAGUCCCGUCUGGCUAUUUGGACUCGAUCCAAGCCUGAGCCAACUCCGAGCAAUAUCGCGCCUUAUCCCGGGACCUAG